AUGGGAGCUAACCCAUUCCUGAUGUACAUGACAACAGGGGGAGAUAAUGAACAUGUGUCUAAUGCAACACUCAACGUUAGCGGAAAUAUUACCAGCAGCGAUGACAUGGGAAUUGCUAGCAACAGUGACAACUAUGAGUCUUACAUCCUCUACAAUAUAACAUUCUACAUGUCCGAGUACCUGUGGCUGGUAAUGGUGUUUGGUGUGCCUGGCAAUGUGGCCAGCAUAUUCACCAUCAUGUCCAUGUCAACAGUUUCCUCUUCAAAGGCGCAUGUGGCAAUCUUAGCACUGACGGAUACAGUCGCUAUCGUCGUCAAAGUUUUUUACUGGCAAAUCUCAGGCCUUAAAAUUCAACUGACGGUGCCCGGCUGUGCCUUUGUCAUGUUCAUCCAACAGUUCUCUACUUGUUACGCCAACUGGGUAGUUGUGGCUAUGACCACAGAACGAUUCCUGGCCGUGUGGUUCCCGCUUCGCGUUGGAAGGAUCUACACACGUCGCAAGGCAUUCAUUGUCCUGGCCUGUUUGGCUAUUACCACAUCAGCAGUCUAUCUUUUCUUUUUCUGGUCUUGGACUGAGCAACACGAUCCGGAAUAUGGUUACUGGUGUGAUAUGAAGCCAGAAUUCCAUACAUUUCUUCUAACGUUUUAUUGGGUCGAGGGAUUUUACUCCGCUGUACUUCCGUGUUUAUUCAUUCUUAUUGGAAACGUGCUAAUCAUUACCAACAUCAAACGGGCCAGGAAAGCGCAGAGGCAUUUGACGAAUGCUUUUGACCAAGGAGGACGCAAAUCUCGGGAUCAGCGGCAGAUAACUGUGAUGUUAAUCGUGGUCAGCGUUGUGUUCCUAGUGCUCAACUUACCAACUGCGGUAUUUUAUUUCGCUAAGAAGUGGUGGACUUUUGAGAAGCCCUCGUAUGAGCAUGUUAAGAAUAUUUUUACAGCCAGAUUUAUUCACAUGCUUGCUGACGCUAAUCACGCCGUGAAUUUUUAUUUGUAUUUCCUCAGGUGA